ACACAUAGCUCCUCUGUGUGCUUAUCAAAUUUUCACAGCCUUAAAGUCUUCAGUGUGCCUCUGUCCUUUGCCACAAACAUGAGGUUCAAAUUCUCUCUUAUGGCCAUAGGCCUGGAGGUUGCCAUGAUCGUUUUAUUUCGAUUAUUUGCUCAGUAUGAGGUAGCUCAGAAUACUUCCCGGCAACUGACCGCCACCCAGCCACCAAAAACGGACAGCUUCCUUCGGCUGUAUCCCCUAUUUCAAGAUGUACAUGUGAUGAUAUUUGUUGGCUUUGGCUUUCUCAUGACCUUCCUGAAGAAAUAUGGCUUCAGCAGUGUGGGCAUCAACCUACUCAUCGCUGCUCUGGGCCUCCAGUGGGCUACUAUUGUAAGAGGGCUCCUUCACACUCGUGGACAGAAAUUCCACAUUGGAAUCAAAGAAAUGAUCAACGCAGACUUUAGUACAGCUGCAGUUCUAAUUUCUUUCGGAGCUGUCUUGGGAAAAACAAGCCCUAUCCAAAUGCUGCUCAUGACAAUUCUAGAAAUUGCUGUUUUUGCUGCCAAUGAGUUUCUUGUUGCUGAGAUAUUUAUGGCAUCUGAUAUUGGGGCAUCAAUGACGAUCCAUGCCUUUGGGGCCUACUUUGGCUUGGCUGUAGCAGGCAUCUUGUAUCGAUCUGGCCUGAGACAGGGACAUAAGAACGAAGAGUCUGUGUACCACUCAGACUUAUUUGCAAUGAUUGGCACUCUUUUUCUGUGGAUAUUUUGGCCCAGCUUUAAUUCAGCCAUUGCUGAACCCGGAGACGACCAAUACAGAGCCAUUGUCAACACAUACUUCUCUCUUGCUGCCUGUGUCAUCACAGUCUAUGCAGUAUCCAGCCUCGUCCGACAGUGUGGCAAGCUCAAUAUGGUUCACAUCCAGAAUGCCACCCUCGCUGGGGGAGUUGCUGUGGGCACUUGUGCGAACAUGGACAUCCAGCCGUAUGUUGCUAUGAUCAUUGGGAGCAUUGCUGGACUUAUCUCUGUACUUGGAUACAAAUUCUUGACUCCAUUUUUUGCCACUACACUGAGGAUACACGAUACAUGUGGGGUGCACAACCUGCACGGCCUCCCUGGUGUGAUAGGAGGUCUCGCAAGCAUUGCGGCCAUAGCUGGGGGAGUGUCCACCACGCCCACCAUGGCCAUGCAGGCAGCAGCACUGGGCUCGUCCAUUGGAACAGCAGUUGUUGGAGGUCUGGUUACAGGUUUAAUUCUAAAGAUACCUUUUUGGGAACAGCCCCAUGACAAGUACUGCUACGAUGAUUCCGUUUACUGGGAGGUCCCUAGGUUGAGAGAAUAUGAAAUCAAUAUCCAUGAAUAUGAGGACCAAAAGCAGCUUGAACCUCAAAUACAAUAAUUGUCUUGUGUUCCAGUUUCCUUUCCAAUUGCCUAGAGUCAAGUUUAAGUUUAAAAAGCAACAUCAACAAGAUCACGGACCAGAGUGAAUAGAUGCUGAGUCCCAAAUGGCCAGUGUAAAAAUGUCCUGAUGUUUGGUACCACCUCAUGAUAUUCAAAUGAUGAUUUUAUUGAAGGGAUGUGGCUGAUAAAACAAAUGGUCAAAUGAAUUGUACUUAUAAACUCCUUUGCCACUGGGCAGGUACAGAGUACUUCCUGUAUAUUUUUUAAUUUUUCUGAGAAGUAUAGUAACACAGAAAUAGUCAUGUCAAUUUCUUAAUGUAGAUUCCACAUCUUUAUUCUCUAAGAUUAUGUAAGUGCAAUAUGUAAAAAUAUGUAUGAGAAAAAUGAAAAGCAAGAAUAUUACUUUUGGGGGUAGUGAUAUUUUCACUUUGAAGAUGGUCAUUUCAGCAAUACUACAUCUUUGAUUAAAUAUUGAUUUUUAAUUCCUUUUGCAUGUUACAUAUUUGCAAUAAGAGCUCAAUUCCUAUCUUACCAAAGUCUAUUUUAUAUAAAAUUUCAAAUAAAAUAUUAUUGUAAAAUAAAGCACUAGUCUUUAACUGUUUUAUUGGGGAGGGGGUUGGUAGCAUUUUAGUAGCAUGUAUAAACACACUGCUCAUAUUUAACCCAUAUCUAAUUCAAUUGUGUUUAAACUUAUGUAUUUGUUAUAAAAAAGCAAGAAACUAAUAUUAUAGGAUAACUUAAAGAACUGAGUUUUAGAAAAAGUAACUGAUACAAUCACAGUUUUUUGGAAUAUCAUAUAAUUUUAUUUUUUUGUGUGGAAGCUUUCCAGAUUUUUCUGCUAUUGUUGAAGUCUGAAAUCAUGCCAGAAUGUUUGUAUAUGAGAAAACGACCCCCAUCACAAUUAAUAUAAUGUUAUUCACAGCCCAGUUUGUGAAUCUGUGAACUUAAAAAUCAUAAAAAUUCAUUGUAAUAUUAUACUUUACUUGUAGAUCCUAACUAUUUUGCUACACAUGUAGGUAGCUUCCUUCGCUAGGACAUCUUUCAAACAGACUUUUCAAAGGAUGUUCAUGGAUAAACUAAAACCACUGGUCCCUUGCUUGCUGAUCAUCAUACUCACCUUCAUUGUUAAGUUUGUCCAAGACCCCCACUACUGCUUGUGCUGAUUUUAAGGCAAAUUCUAAAGGAUCUUAAAUAUACAGCUACAGAAGGAAGCUUAUCAUUUUGAUUUGUUCAGGAACUCUGUUAUGACAUCUAUCAGUCUCUGGCUUGUGAACAUUAUUAACCUGCUUCAAGCAAUGCAAUUUUCAUAAACAGUAAGGUAAUAUUUAAAAACUUCUAAUCUAGCAUUCUUUGGUUCAUAGUGUGUUGCCCCUCUGUCUAUCUACCUGGAAUGUAAGUGAGUCAUUUUAAUUGAAGAUUUGAAUAUUCUGCUCAGAUAAAUUCCCUUUUAGUAUUUGGUAACAUUUCACCUUUAAAACUAUUUAUUUUUCUUCUAGCACCCUUGUCAUUCACAUGAAAAAGAGUUUUCACAUGAUAACUCUGCAGUUAUAUUUCCCAUCUUCAUUUCAUUUGGUUCAUUCAUUCAUUCCUUAAUUUUCACUUGUUCAUUUGCAAGGUAUAGUCUAUUUCUGUAGAUACAACAAAAUUUAAUGUGUGUCCACCUGUGUAUAUGCUAGGUUGAAAUUUCCUUGAUCAUUUUUAUCAUUUUGUUCUUGGAAGGGAAGUUACAAAUACCACUGUUUAUACCUUAUCUGCCCAUUCCUCAAAUUUUAAAAUGUCAAAUAAUAUUGUGGUAUUGAAUGAGCCGAUUAAAAGUUCAAGCUCUACUUACAUGCUCAUUUUAAGAAACAUUCUUUGUUCCUGUCUAAAUUUGAAAGACUGGCCCAUAAUGAUGAAUUGCAUUUUAGAAGUUUUGUGAAAACUGAGCUAUCUUUAGGUUUCGCCAGCACUUGUGGUCACAGGCCUUAAGCUAUUCACUUUAUAAGAAAGCUCUGCUGUGGGAGCAACUGAAAAUGGCAUGAGGGGGGUCCAUUAGCUCCUAUUUGUUAGAAAUCACUUUUGUAUAAGACAUACAUUUGAGUAAUCUCUUGAUCCUUUUCUCUAUGGCACUGAGAGCCCAUAAGGUCUUUUGUCUUUCACUGGCAGUUAAUUCCUGCUGUUGAAAUAUCUAGGUGGCAACAGUGUUGAAAAUGUAGAGAGGCAUGGAAAUCACUUGUUGAGUGAGUCAGAGAUAAGCCCCUGCCUCCUACCACCCAGAGAAAAUCUCUCCAUUACCCAGUCUUUUCAGUGGAUAAAGCUUGAUCUAGAAACAUGGCCAAAAGACACUCGCUAUUUCUGCUGAGCCCUUUUGCAGCCCAGGAAGAGCACUGCCCCUCCAGAACACUAAGAAGGUAUAUUACCAUCUCAUGGGAAUUCACAAAUCUCUGCAGAUUAGUAACUUGCAGAUCCUUACCCUCUGGGGAUCUUCUAACUCUCUCCACUCGCUCCUCCAAAAUAAAGAAACGUUUUCUUUACUGCGUUUGCUUGUUUCCAGACUUCAGUUUUAUAUCUCUCAAGACUGGUCUCUUCUCAAUUCAAAAGUUCUAUAGUUUGAUUAGACAUGUGAGAUAAAGCCAAAAAAGGACAGUCAAGCUGCCAUCUCCGCUACUUAAAUAAAAUGCUGAAUAUGUACCUUUAUUCAGCUAUAAAGAGAUAAUAUCUAAUUUGGUAAAUUAUUCUGAGGGAGGGGGGAUGCAAUUCAGUCCAUAGCAAGCAUAAAUCCCUACAAACUUCCUAGGGAAAAUAACU